AUGGCAGAUAAAGAGGCCACCGUCUACAUUGUAGACGUAGGAAAGUCGAUGGGGGAACACAAUGGUGGGCGAGUAUACUCAGACCUCGAAUGGGCAAUGCUCUACGUCUGGGAUAAGAUUACUACCACGGUUGCUACGGGCCGGAAGACUGCUACGAUUGGUGUCAUUGGCCUUAGAACAGAUGGAACCUCGAGUGAAAUCUGGGAUAAAUCUCAAGAUGAGGCUUAUGAGCAUAUAUCAAUCUUCAAGGGAAUUGGACAGGCACUUAUGCCUGACCUUAGAGAGCUGCGGAGCCAAAUAAAAACAAGCAACACUGACAAAGGAGAUGCAAUCUCUUCAAUAAUAUUAGCGAUUGACAUGAUCGAGAAGUACUGCAAGAAGCUCAAGUUCAAAAGGAAGAUUGUUCUUGUUACUAAUGGAAAGGGGUUUAUGGACCCUGAUGGAAUGAAUGGCAUUGCAAGGAAAGUAAACGAGGAGGGUAUUGAACUUGUUGUGCUAGGAGUGGACUUUGAUGACUCCGACUUUGGUUUCAAAGAGGAAGACAAGGAUACAAUUAAGGCUGAGAAUGAGUCUUCGCUACAAAAGCUAUGUGAUGUGUGCGAUGGUGUCUAUGGCACGCUAGAACAAGCAAUAUCCGAGCUUGAUAGCCCUCGUGUCAAAAUUGUACGAGGAACCCCAAGUUUCAAGGGAGAUUUACGCCUCGGGAACCCAGAUGAGUAUGAUUCUGCGUUGACAAUCCAGGUCGAGAGAUACUAUCGUACCUACCCUGCCCGGCCACCGGCCGCCAGUUCUUUCGUCUUGUCCGGCGCGCCACCAGAAGCGCAAGAAAGCGGAAAGUCUUCAGUAACACUGAAUAAUACGGAACCUGAUGGUGGAAAGGGCAAUACUAGCGAGUUGACAAGUGUCAGGAAUGCACGAGCCUAUCAGGUUCCGGACGAGGGUGUAGUAGGUGGCAAGCGAGAUGUGGAACGAGAAGACCUUGCGAAAGGGUAUGAAUAUGGCCGGACUGCUGUGCACAUUAGUGAAUCAGACGAAAACAUAACGAAGCUUGAAACGAAAGCUGCUUUGGAGCUAAUUGGCUUUAUACCUACAAAAAAUUAUGAUCGCUACAUGAACAUGUCAACCGCCAACGUUAUUAUCGCCCAAAAAACCAAUAACAAGGCUAUCAUGGCCCUCUCCUCUAUCAUCCAUGCGCUUUUCGAGCUUGAAAGCUAUGCUGUGGGUCGACUAGUUACUAAGGAUGGCAAAUCUCCUGUUCUUACCCUUCUAGCUCCCUCAAUUGAGCCAGACUUUGAAUGCUUGCUUGAAGUCCAAUUGCCUUUCGCUGAAGAUUGCCGCUCCUACCGCUUUCCACCUCUUGAUAGAGUUACUACUGUAUCUGGGAAAGUAGUCAAGGAGCAUCGAAACAUACCUAACGAAAACCUCCUGUCAGCCAUGGAUAAGUAUGUGGAAAGCAUGGAGCUCGUCGAACCUGGCGAAGAAGGUGAACUGGUCGAGUCAUUUGCUCUUGAAGACUGUUACUCUCCUCUUCUACAUCGGAUUGACCAGGCUAUUCGGUGGCGCGCUAUACACCCUACGAAACCUCUUCCUCCUGUUCCAGAAGUUCUUCAGAAGCUGUCCCGCCAACCUGAGGCACUGCAGGAACAGAGUAGACCAGCCUUGGAACAAUUAAUUAAGGCGUCAGAUGUUAAAAAAGUGCCACCAAAGAUCAAGGGCCGCAAACGGAACAGGGACAUUGACAAACCUCUUUCUGGGCUUGACGUAGAGGAGCUUUUGCAAGGCGAAAAGCGCCACCGAAUCUCACCCGAGAAUGCUAUACCUGAAUUCAAACAAGCGCUUGCGAACACGGAUGACAUCAAUACGAUCAAAGACUCUGUGAAACAGAUGUGUGCGAUUAUUGAAAACCAAAUCAAGCAUAGCCUUGGUGAUUCUCAUUAUGAUAGAGCUAUUGAGUGUUUGGGAACCAUGAGAGAUGAAAUAAUUUCUUUCGAAGAGCCGGACUUGUAUAAUGAUUUCAUCCGUGGAUUGAAACAAAAGUUAUUGGAUGAUAAGCUCGGCGGGGAUAGGAGAGAGCUCUGGUGGCUGAUUCGCAAAAAUAGAAUUGGAUUGGUUGACAACAAGGUGGUAGAGAUAUCCAAUGUUACAGAACAGGAAGCGAGAGAAUUUAUGUCCGCAAAAUCAACAUAA